UUUGCCGUUGAGGGAUGCCUAAAAGAACUGGAACCACUACGAUGGAAAAUGCAAGUCAAGUCAAACAGAAAACCAAACUGGAAUCUCAAAAAGAUAUAGACUUGCUAGAUGAUUCUUCAAGAAACGGGAUAAGACAGAGGAAAAGGAGACCCAACUCUCGUGAAAAGAGUGAAAAAGGUUUGCGUUCGUUUGCUAUUCGUGUAAGAAAAAAGGUGGAAGAAAAGAAAAGAACGACUUAUAAUCAAGUUGCAGACGAACUUGUAAAAGAGGUACUGGACCCCACUAUUAGUGACCCUACAAACCGUUUUUAUGAUGAAAAGAACAUUCGAAGAAGAGUAUAUGACGCUUUAAAUGUUCUUAUGGCAAUGGGAAUGAUAGAGAAGCGAAAGAAGGAUAUUUUAUGGAGGGGAGUUUCUUUCGAUAACUCGGAGUUCCUAAAGGAGCUUGAAGAGAAGGUGAAGUUUAAGAACGAAGAGUUGCGACAAAAGCGUCAUAGAUUAGAAGAGUUGGAAGCUCAAAAAAGCGCUGUAGAAGCAAUGCUAAGACGAAACGCUUCGAGUUCUGUUGGAGAAUUUCAUCCAGAAAGUUGUAUUCACUUACCGUUUAUAAUCGUUUCUACUAGUACAGACACCUCUAUUGAUGUAGAAAUGGAAGAAAAUGCAGAAGAAGUUUUGUUCACUUUUAAUAGACCUUUUGAAAUAUACGAUGAUCAAGUUAUUCUACAAGGAAUUUUUCGUAAUGCUACUUUCAACGACCAUAUAGCUGAACCUACCAACGUAUUGGUUCCAGAGAAACAACGAUUCGCCGCUACCCAUUCUCAUCAUCAGUUAAAUGAACAAAUGAAAGAACGAACUCAACAUUCUUCAUUUUCAAAUGGACCACCGAAAAACUUUGUAGAUAAUAAUAGUAUCUUGAACAGCCAUUUGGUAUACUUAACAGAUGAUGUCUAAACAACUUUGCAGUUUGAAAAAAUAAAAACUGACUGUUACAU